AUGGAAGUAGUUUAUACUGUGCACAAGUUUGUAGCAGAAAAUGUCGACGAGAUCUCACUUGACGUAGGAGAGAAAGUGGUUGUGUUCGAAAAAGACGAAGGAUACAAUGACGGUUGGUGGAAGGGCCGCAACGAAAAGGGGGAGAUCGGUUUAUUUCCUAUUACAUACACAUCUUCAACGCCACCAAGAGAAAAUAUAGAGGAAGGGAUGGCCAAAUUAAGGAUAAGCAGUAGUCAUUUGAGCAUGUCCUCGAAGAAUAUACAGUCCAUUGUCAAGCAAUCAUUAAACAACCCAGCAUUAAGAAUGAAGCCUAUUGAAGAGUGGUCAUCCGAUCAAGUUGCUCUGUGGUUAAUCGACGUUGGUUUUGACAAGAGACUUGCCGAUACAUUCAAAGAACAGGAAAUCACAGGAGACAUCUUAUUAGAAUUGACUCUGGAUUCCCUAAAAGAGUUACAGAUUGAUACGUUUGGAAAACGAUUCAAGAUACAUGGUGCAAUCACGGCCUUAAAGAAAGAAAUGAAAACUAUAAAAUACACUCCUUCAACUGAUUCCCGACUAAACUCACCAUUACCUGAAAAACCAUAUUACAAUAAUAAUCACACUAGACAUCCAUAUCCUGACGAUGAUUUGGUUUCUGAUUACAGCACAGUCAUUCGAAACUCACAACUAGUGAAUUCUAUCAACAAUAGUAAAAGACCCUCUAUAGAUUCAGCUAUGUCAUCCUCUCAAAGGACCGUAUCUCAGAAUAAUAACUUAUCUAGAAAUUCAAGUCAAAUAAGCCACACCAGUAGUGUUUACAGACAAGAUCAUAGUAUGCAAGAACUUGGACGAAGACAUACGUUGAAUGCUACAUUCAGUAGCAACAAUAUGCAAGAGAGUAAUAGCAAAUACAACUUUAUGAGAUCAUCAUUACUCCCUUCUACAAACAAGUUACAGUCUAUCCUGCCGUCCUCGAACAUGGUACGACGUUCGGAGGACGUGCCAAUGGCGCCUGAGCUCUCUUUAAUACCUGAUAUGGAAGGCUGGUUAUAUAAGCAAGGUGACAAGUACAAGAAUUGGAAUAAGCGAUGGUUUGUACUUAAAGCAAACAAUCUAUUCUAUUUCAAAAGCCCAAAGGCAAUCAGAAUGAAAGGCAUUAUCAAUUUAAAAGGAUACAAGAUUGAAGUAGAUAGCUCAAUUCAACCAGGAAAAUACUGCUUCAAGGCACAGCAUGAAAAAGAAAGGACAUUUUAUUUUUACACAGAUCAAGAAAGAUACAUGAAGGAAUGGUUGAAAGCGCUGAUGAAGGCAACUAUUGAAAGAGACUACGGAACUCCCGUUAUGUCUUCUAGUACGAUUCCGACUGUCUCCUUGGAAACUGCUCGUCGAAUGCGUCCUCGCCCCCCAUCAACCAUAUUUCAUCCACAGCAACAAAAAAGUCCCUCUUCAUCCUACCGACACAACAGUAUUACUAGCAACACUGGAUUGGCACCUAUGGAAGAACAUCCAGAAGAACUCAACUUUCAACAAUCAUUUUCAUCACCGCUAUCAAGCACAACAGGCAGCCGCACACCAUCCAUGAUGAGUCCAAGAUUGCGAGGCGUGCCGAUGGAUAACGUGUCUGAGUAUUCCUUUGAUCACCGCACAAAACUAAAGGAUUCUGGAUUUACGAGUACAAGUGGCGUUAUGAUGAUCAGUCCAAGCACGACGCAGAGUAGUAGUAGCAGCUCUACAACAACAGCAAGGAAAAUGGUUUCGCCCAUCCACAACGCGUCGUCUAUCGCGCCCAGCGUGUCAUUUUAUCCAGAUGAGGAAGACGAGGAUUUGAUUGACCCUGAAAACAUGAGUGUCAUUGAAUCAAGUCGACAUAAUCAUCUGGCAGUGGAAGAUCUACCUUCGUCAAGGCACUAUCAACCUACUCCAGAGAACCAGCGUGAGUUACUGAUGAAAAGGAAGGAAUAUAUUGACUGGAUCAAUAUACAUGUGCAUGAUCCCAUUCGUGAUUUGACAGAGCUAUCGACAGGCGAGAUUCUGCUAGAAUUGCUGGAAAAUUUAGGCGGUAAGGAGAUCAGACGAUGUCCUGUUAACCUUAAUCAGUCUGUUUACUCUCAAAUGAUGGAUCGAAUGAUUACUGCUUUUGAAUUUAUGCAUCAGGAGGGCAUUGAUCUCGACGGGGGAUAUACAUUCAGAGAUAUACUUAACGGUCAUGAAAUCAAAAUCAUGGCAUUGCUUGAUGCCAUUAAGUCCUGGUAUGAUAAUUCAGUAUCUCUCGCAUUAUCCCCUAAACAAAACAAUGGUAAAAAGAUGGCAAGUGGUGGUACGUUUGGCGAAGAAGAACAGAACAAGUUACGGAGCUUAGAUGACACGGAGAGUAUUGUGAUAUAA